AUGGAAUCAUUUCUUAGAAACCGUAUAAAAAAGACAGAAAUAAUUGAGAAAAUAGAGGAAAAAGAUGAAAUUAAAAAGGAAAAAAAAUCUAAAAAGUUUUUUACAUAUGAAUUUGUCUUUGUUAUUAUCUUUAUAUUAAGUUUUCUAACACGGUUUUAUGAUAUUCAUCAUCCUUCAGAAGUAGUUUUUGAUGAAGUUCAUUUUGGGAAAUUUAUGUCAUUGUAUCUUAGGAGAACAUACUUUUUUGAUGUACAUCCUCCAUUUUCUAAACUUUUACUUGCAUUUUUUGGAUGGAUAAUUGGAUAUGAUGGCCAUUUUCUUUUUGAAAAUAUCGGAGAUUCUUAUAUUGAAAAUAGUGUUCCUUAUGUAUAUAUUCGAUUGGUUCCAGCAUUUUUUGGUGCUAUGGUAGUUCCUCUGGUAUUCUUAAUUAUGAAACAUUCAGGACAUAGUCUUCUUUCAUCAACAUUUGCAGCAUCUCUUGUUCUUUUUGAUAAUGCUCAAGUGACUCAAUCUAGACUUAUUUUACUAGAUUCUAUAUUAAUUUUUUUAAUGACGUCUACAUUGUAUUGUUAUAUUCGUUUUUCUAAUAUAAGAUAUCUUGAAUUUUCUUUUGUUUGGUGGAAAUGGCUUUUUUUAACUGGUUUAUUUUUAUCAUGUACAAUUAGUACAAAAUAUAUUGGAUUAUUUACAUAUAUGGCUAUUGGUGUAAUGGUUGUUAUAGAUUUAUGGGACCUUUUAGAUAUUCGUAAGGGAUAUACUUUGAAUUAUUUUACUAAACAUUUUAUUGCUAGAGCCAUAUCUCUUCUAGUAUUUCCAUUUAUUCUAUAUUUACUUUGGUUUUAUAUUCAUCUUAGUAUUCUUUCUAAGACAGGACCAGGUGAUAGAUUUAUGACUCCAUCUUUUCAAGAAACUCUAGAUGGCAAUAUUCUUUCUUCUAGCUCAAUUGAGGUUAAUUAUUAUGAUAAAAUUCUUAUAAAACAUAAGGAAACAAAUGCUUUUCUUCAUUCACAUACGGCUAGAUAUCCUUUACGGUAUAAUGAUGGUCGUAUUUCAUCUCAAGGCCAACAAGUAACUGCAUAUAUACAUAAUGAUACAAAUAAUCAUUGGAUUAUUGAACCAGCUUAUUUAUCUAAUGAAACAUUAUUGAAAAAGCGUGUAUUAAACAAUGAUUAUAUUAGAUUGAAACACGUUUCAACAGAUACUUAUCUGUUGACUCAUGAUGUGGCAUCUCCUAGAUAUCCAACUAAUCAGGAAUUUACUACUAUAUCAAAUCAAUUGAAAGAUCGUUAUAAUGAGACUAUAUUUCAAAUUAAAUGUGAAUAUGACAAAAAUAAUUCCGUUCUUAAAACAAAAGGCAAAACAUUUAAAUUAAUUCAUAAAUUAACAGGUGUAGCAAUGUGGUCUAACAAAGAUCCUUUGCCUGAUUGGGCUUUUAAACAACAAGAGGUUAACGGUAAUAAAAAAAUAAAACAAGAGCAUAAUAUUUGGCUUAUUGAUGAAAUUGUUGACUUGAAUGAUACUAGUCGCGAAAUCAAAAAUUAUACACUUAGAAGUCUUUCAUUUUUUAAAAAAUAUAUAGAAUUACAAUUUUCUAUGCUUCGACACAAUAAUUUGCUAACUAAGUCUCAUCCUUAUUCAUCAUAUCCUAUCGAAUGGCCAAUAUUAAACAGGGGAAUUAGCUUUUGGACUAAGGAAUCUGAAUUUAAACAAAUAUACUUAUUGGGAAACCCACUUGGAUGGUGGUUCACUUUCUCAUUUACGAUUAUUUUUGUUAUUGUUAUAAUUUCAGAUCAAAUUUUAUUACGAAGAGGUUUAAACUUAAUUAAAGAAUCUCGUGAAUUGUUCUACAAUUAUACCACAUUUUUCUUUUUCUCUUGGAUGCUACAUUAUUUUCCAUUUUAUUUAAUGCGCCGCCAGCUCUUUUUACAUCAUUAUCUUCCUGCACAUAUUUGUUCUGCACUUCUAUCAGGAUCCCUAUUUCAAUUAUUAUUUGAAAAACAUAGUAAAUCAUUGAUUUCUUCCUAUUUUUUUAAAAAAAAUAAAGACAAAAUAAAUAUAGGAAGAGAAAAAAUAAUUAAUACACAAAACAAGGCUAAAAUUAUGUUCAUGAUAUUGACAAGUUCUCUUUUAGCAUGUUUUAUUUUUUUCUCUCCAUUUACAUAUGGUAAACCAGGAUUAACUUCUAAUGAAUUAUAUAAAAGGAAAUGGUCUCCUAACUGGGAUUAUGCUUACUUAAAGUAUAUUGCUAAAUAG